AUGCCAAGCUUUUCAGGGCUCUGUGUCGAUUUACUUGGUAUUGAGAGGAAUAUCAUCAUUUGCUUUCAAUUCUGUCAAAGUUUCUUCGGAGCACCUUUCGGUUUUUACAAAUUCUUCGACCUUUCUACUGUUGACCAAUAUAUCAACGAUGACAGCCUUUGCAUUUCUAUUGAUAUCAAGAUAUUGAGUAUUAGCAGCUAUUAUAGACCACCAGGCUUUGUUAUUCCAAAGCACUUGACUGAUAGCAAUGGUUUUUAUAAUUCCAACAAAGAGCCUACUGCGUGUGCUUCAGAGGUUGAGGUUGCACUUGACAGAUAUAUGAGUUUCAUGGAGUUUCAUGAUGUUAUCAUCAAAGUAACAGAAAACGAAAGACUGGGCAACGAAGAUAACAAAGAUAACUGCUUUCGAAUAUUCUAUGGUCAUCGACUUACUUUGUCAGCCGCAUCAGACUUCUUCUCCGCGUUAUUCACUAGUGACUUUGGGGAUGGCACAAAAAAAGAAGUAACUAUUUUCUCGGUUGAUCCUUAUGUUUUCGGACGUCUGCUUUACUAUAUUUAUGUGGAUAUGAUUGAGUUCAAGUGUGUCGAUGAUGCGAAAGAACUGUUUUUGGCUGCGGAUUACUUGCAACUUCCAAAGGUAGUUUCGAAAGCUCAGCUUUAUCUUCAAAUGAAAGUGAGCCCAUUAAAUAUUUGGUCAAGUUGGAAAUGGGCAGUGGCAUGCGGCUGUGAUAAAAUGGACGAAUAUUACAAAGAAUGCUUUUGCCUAAACGCUGUACUCCUUUUGUCCCAGCCUGAGUGGUUAUUAGCUGAUUUUUCAAUUGUUUCACGAGUACUUUCUAUUGAUAAUUUAAGCGAAUCUGUUGACGAGAAAAUAUUCUACCAAUCUUUGAUUAAUUGGAGAAAACAUCAACUUGAGGAAGAAGAAGCAGGAAGAAGGAAUAAGGACAAUGAUGGAGAUCAACAGUUUGGAUUAUUGCUUAAAAAAGUACGGUUUCCUAUGAUCAAACCUAUAAGUUUUUUUAAUGUGGUAGAAGAAGAACCACUAGUUAUUAAAGCAGCCGGAAUCCAUGAAUUGGUAUACCAGAAAGUCAAAAGUCUAUUCGAUGUAAAACCCGAUCCGUGA